CCUUCAUAAUGCUUCCAUCAUCUGCCUCGAGUAGAUAGAUAAACUGACGGAUGAUCAUCACUCAUAUUGCUGCACGCGCCUCCAGUUAGCGCCUGACGGAUCGUUACUACUACCUAACGGGACACAGUGAUGGAAAACAAGUAGAUGCAAAGCAGAGCCUAUCAGGACAAGCUCCUCCCAAAACAGAACCACGUGCUGAUUCGUCGGUGUCUUCUGCUCGCCCUCGCUCAAGUCUAAGGCGCGACUUAGUAUUAGUAGCAGUAGCAGUAGCAUUAGCAGUGGCAGAUAGCUGUGGGGGAUUCUAAACCAUAGGCUUGCAGGAUGAUGACGUGUCCACAACUUAAAAGCUCGCACCGCGCGUGGGGCAUACACGUGGCAGCCACGCUGUUCGUCCUCAUUCCGCUGCUGGUGUGCGCGAACACACUGGCGCCGUUCCUCCUCCCGCUCCUUCUCUCACGCUCCCCCUCCUCCGCCGCGCGCCAAGCCGCGCCAAACGGUACCUCAAGCGCCUGCAACGCGCCCGCCGCGAUUGCCGCCGUGGCAGUGGCGCAGGAUGCGGGUAGCGGGCUGGGCGGAGUGACAAGGGGCGAAGAGCAGCAGCAGGGUGCAGCGAGUGACGUGUCGACGGUGGAACAACUACUGCGUUACACGGAGGGCAUUGAAGCGAGGCGCGGGCAGAACCAGUCGGACGUGAAUAUAGCGAGAGUGCUUGAGGUGGAGGCGAAACAGUGGAGGCAGCGCACCUACCAGCAGAGAGGGUUCAUCUACCAGUUCAGUGCAUACCGCAUCAGCCCAUCUCGCUUCGUCGUACUCGGUAUAAGCAGGCUCGACUUCCUUUGGGUGAAGGAGGGAGAGGGCUGCCGAUGGGUGGGGCGAGACGGGAGUAGUGUGAACGGUACAGUGCGGUACAGAGACUUCAUGCAUCCCAAGUCCAAGAAUGACGCGUUAGCAGCGUUCUGCCAGCUGGCAGGCAACACCUCCCGGGCGGGCGGCUAUCUGGCGAUGACCAUGGACGGCGUGGAGGCUGCCGUAUUCACUGAGGAGGCCGGGGAGCCGCUGGAGCCUCCCCCCGACGACUCGCUCCCCGUGCGCCUCACGUGGUGCUCGCAGCCGCUCUACGGCGCGCUGGACGAGGGCGCGGUGUGGGUGUGGGCGGAGUACCAUCGCGCGCGCAUGGGCGUGCAGCGCUUCGUCUUCUACGACAUGGCGGCGUGGACCCCACAGCUCACCGCGGUCUUCCAGCCCUACUUCGACGCGCGCAUCGCUGCGAUCACGGACAUGUCGGCUGGGUUCCGCCUCGGAUUCUUCGCGGGUGGGGCCCUUCUCGCGUUCGUAUCGAAACAUCAGACCCUGGCCAACAACGACUGCAUGUUCCGCUCCCUCGCAACCUCCCGCUGGGUCACGCUGCACGACACCGACGAGUUCCUCGCCCCCGUGCCGCCACACUCCCUGCCCUCGCUCCUCGCCGCCUACAGCCAGGCGGCCUGGCUCUCCCACGGGGCCCUUGUUGUGGAGUUGUCUGUGUGCGAUGGGGGGCCGAAGGAGGGGAGUGAAGGGAGGAAUGGCAGCCACGCUGCUGAAAGUGAAGGGAGCAGCAGUGAGGCGUCUGCCACAGACACAGCAGCGACGGAAACAGCAGAUGCAGAAGCAUCAGAUGCAGCAGAAGCAGAUGCAGCAGGUGCAGAAGCAGCACGGGCAGAAAGAGCAGAAGCAGCAGGGGCAGAAGCAGCAGGGGCAGAAGCAGCAGAGGCAUCAGAAGCUGCAGGUGCAGAGGCAGCAGCAGCAGCGGCGAAAAGAAAGGGCUUGGAGGUGCUGUCGAAGCUGGUGUUUCGGCGGCCGGAGGUGUGGUGUGUGAAGGACGGGGCAAAGGAGCCGAUCGAACCGGACCUGUGUGAGGACUGGCGUGGCCACCGCAAGCUCGUCGUCAAUCCCAGGAAGACAUCAGUGAUGUCCAUCCACGUGGCACGGGAGCCCCAGAAGGGAGGCGUGGUGCUGAACGCGGGGAGUGAGCUGCGGCACUACCACUUGUCCGGCGUGGUCAACCCAGCCAACGUGCACUGUGACACCCUUGUGCCGCCCGGGGAGUCCCAUGUGUGGUUUGUGAGGGACACUACCAUUGCUGACCAACUGUCGUUGUUGGCUAAUGCAUCUGCCCCUCAACCUGUGGUGUAAUCUAACGAGGUUGGGUCUUCUACUUGUGAGUUCUCAGGGGCGUCGCCUGUAUGAUUUGGUUUUUGGAAUGAGCGGCUUUGCCUGCUGUCACUUAGUAGUACGGUAAUAGUAGCUGUAGUACCACAAGCGCUGACUGGAUUGAGUCUCAAAAUCUUGCAACUAGCAUGUAUCCACUAGGGUAUGAAAUAAACCCAACUGAAAGCGCUGUUUGUCAAUCCUAUAUAAUUGAUGCUGGCAA